UAAAUCUCGAUUAACGCUGAGCGAUAAGCGGAGCGUGGCGUAAGCAGGAGGCCAUGGUAAUAAGCCAUCUUUAAACUAGACGAUAUUUUCAUCGCCAUUUUAUAGACUAUCCUGGGGAAAAGUAUCUGAAUGUUUCGUCAUUGAACACUUAGAGAUCAGAGUGAGUUCAACAGACAUAUUAUUGGCCUAUUUCUGUGCCAAUGUGGGCAAUUCUUAAAGCUGACUUGAAGGAAACAAGCUGAGAGAACAGACGGGUUUGCCAAAAUGCCGAGCACCAAGGAAGUAGCGGAGCUGAUCAAGAAGGAUCCCACGGCCGUGGAGUCUUACAUGCCGCUGGUUCUUGAAGCGAUACGAGACGACAAGGACAUCGCGGAGAAGUAUGGUGAUCUGAAAGAUGCUGUUGCAAAAGAAGUUUUUGAGGAGGUCAAAUCCACGAAUAAUAAACAUGAGAAACACAUGCUGGAGCUGUGCGAGACGUGUCUGGAGAAACGAGCGACUAAGUACUACCAUCUUGCGAAAGACAUGUUUAAAGAGAAACGGAUCAUCAACUGGAAGCAACAUAUCCCACUAGCAGAAAAGUUGAUCAAAACCUUCGAGGUUCCCGUGGCGUUAGUGCGAAACAAGAAUGAUGAUUGGUGGGGUAAGGACCGCAAACCGAGCGGCACAGAGAUGGGCGGGGCACUGAAGGACUGCAUCAAAGCCAUGCUGGAAGGAUUUGACCGAGACAAAAUCUUGAAGAAAGUGAGCAAGUGUAUGGUGGAGGUUCUUGUGAAACUCUGCAAGAUGCCCAACGAGCUUCAGAUUAUUGCAGGACACGCCUUCUCUUCAAAUAGCUUUCACAAACUCAGCUGGGACGGGACCGAGAAGAUGCUGCCGGCACUGUACAACAAUUUGUACGAAUGGAUGACAUCAGGCAACGUAGAUCUUGAGUCUCAAUCUGAUGACAAGACUCGAUUCAUCAGUGACAUCAUAAAAUCAUCUCUCGAGGGAGCUGGGUCACCAUCAAAAUAUGCAAAGGAAAUCUACAAGAUUUACCAGUAUGUACUGACACAUGAUUUAGACGGCCAACCAUUCUCAGGAUACGGGUUGUUAGCGCUAACCAUUAAUUCCGGAUUUGUAGUAAAGAAUUGUAGCAACCAGCGACUUAUCAGAGACUUCGUGCCUGGGGUGGUCAAGAUGCUCAAAUGUGACAACGAGCAGCUGAUGAUGACCGCUUCAGCCUGCAUCACAAGCUUCUACCAGCAGGUUGACCUGCUGGCCCCGUGCGCCGAUGACGUCAUGGAAGCCUUUCUUGACGGGAAAAGUGACACGUUGGGCUUGUGUCUGAAGCCCUUGUAUGGAGUUAGCCCGGAGAAGAUACUGAGCAAAUUUGAUCAGCUUGCUGAGGCGAUGGAAGACAUGAAUCAGACCAACAAGACCUACAUCUACAUGCUAUGGGACGACGUAGCCAAAGAUAACGCAAAGUUACUCGUGCCUCACUUGGACCUGAUGAUGGAUGACGUCACAAACUCUCAAAUCUGCCACCAAGUGGUCUCGGUCCUGGGAACUAUGUCGAUCAAGUUCCCGGGUCAGUUUGUCGACAAGAUCGACAAGCUGAUGAGGGUCGCGAAGCAGACACCGUACACCAUCCACGCGGUGUCGAAGAUUGUGGCGAGUGUUGGUCAGAUAAACGAGAAACAAGCCGAACGUUGCAUGAAAAUACUGGUCGACAAACUGAAGAUCAUCGAGGACAUGUGGGUCAUGGUCAUCUUGAUGGAUAUGAAGCGGAUCGGUCGCAAGCACGUGGAGGUGUUGAAAAAGUACCGGGCCGACAUCGAGCCAUUCAUGAAGAGUCAGGCCAUGGGUGUAGCCGAUAUGGUGCAAAGCUUGAUUGAUUUCAUGGAGGGACGCAGUUUGGAAGCUCUCGCGGAUGACGUGGAAGACGUGAAGGAGGACGUCCAGAACCUGGACAAUCGAGUGACUGAAACGGAGGAGAAUGUCGACCGUCUCGACAAGACGGUGACUGAGCAGGGCCAGGAGAUCGACAAUGUCAAGAAUGAGGUGACGGAGCAGGGACAACGACUGGGCGACCUGGAGGAGGUGGUUGAUGAUACCAUCGUAAGAGUGGACGAAAUAGACCGGAAAACCAUUACCAAUGCUCCAAAGUGGUCUCGGGACAUCGCCAACCUCCUGAACCCCGAGCACGAGCACGACUGGCGUUUCCUGGCCAUUCGCCUGGGCUUCACCGGCGAGGAUGUCCGUAACUGGGCCCUGUCUCCGGACCCUACCAUGGCCAUCCUGGCCGAGUGGUACACUAUUCAUAAGAGUAGUGAGGCGACUUUUGCCAUCUUGACGGCGCUGCAGGACAUGGGGAGAGACGAUGCUGCGACCAUCGUGGAGGAAGCGCUACAAGCCGCCGAUAAAGUGGUUCCUAAGGCUGCCCCGGACAUUUCCGAGAAGCCUCCGCGUGUCUUCAUCAGCUACCAGUGGGACCAUCAGCCCGAGGUCAAGGUCAUCCAGGAGCAUCUGGAGAAGGCAGGCUUCAACUGUUGGCUGGACAUCGGUCAGAUGGGAGGCGGGGACAGCCUCUUUGCCAAGAUCAACGAGGGGAUGAGGGCGGCCAAGGUGGUGCUGUGCAUGUGCACCGAGAAGUACUCCAAGUCUGAAAACUGCAACAAGGAGGUGAAUUUGGCCAACCUGUUGAACAAGCCCAUCAUACCCGUACUGAUCGAGAAGAUAGACUGGCCUCCAUCCGGCUCCAUGAGCAUGCUGUUCGCCCAGCUGCUGUACAUUCAGUUCUUCACUGACAAGGAGUACGUGAGAGGGGAGAAGUUCUGGGAGGAUGCCAAGUUUGCUGAGUUGCUGGGCCAGAUCAGUUAUCACGUGGCCCCCGACGAGGAAAUGAUAACUGAUGAAUAUCGUAACUGGGUACCACAGAUUGAUGAUCUGCCGAAAGUUGUCAAGAAAGCGAACGAGAAGACGUCCACAGACGACAACACAAAGGCUGAAAAGGCAACGGAUCAGACCCAACAGAUCAUUCCCCAAGUGUUCAUCUCGUACCAAUGGGACAAGCAGACGGAGAUCAAGACGCUGUACUCCAGACUGACUUCGCUCGGGUUCAGUUGCUGGCUGGAUAUCAUGCAGAUGGGAGGCGGUGACCCGCUCUACUCCAAGAUUGACAAAGGCAUUAGAAAUGCCAAGGUUGUGGUCUCCAUUGUGACCCCCAAGUAUGCCUUGUCUGCUAACUGCCGUCGCGAGGUGAGCCUUACAGAUGCUCUCCGUAAACCCAUCAUCCCGCUUCUCAUGCAGCGGAUGACGUGGCCCCCUGAGGGACCCAUGAGCAUGCCCUUUGCCCAGCUCCUCUACAUCGAUUGUACCAGUGAGUCCACACAGAAAGAGUUCAGGGAUGCCAAAUUUGACGACCUGGUGCAAAAGCUUAAAGAGCACGCUACUGUCGAGGAUACGGUAGUCCAAAGUGCGCCACCUAGCGACACUGAGAAACCUGAGAUAGAGGAGGCGAAACAAGUAGAAGAGGAAAGUCCGAGUCCGCCAGCUGCUGAAAAUAUCAAGAAACCGGAAGCAGAGGAGAAAGAGGAGCCUGCUCAACAGAACCAACCACCAAAAGAAGAUGCCAAAGAAGAUCAAAAGCUGCAACCAAUCAGCACUGAGGACCGAGCAAAGUUGUCAGGGUCCACGGUACCUCAACAGACCCAACCACCAAAAGAAGAUACUGAAGAAGAUCAAAAGCUGGAACCAAUGAGCACCCAGGAUCCAGCAAAGUUGUCAGGGUCCACGGUACCUCAACAGACCCAACCACCAAAAGAAGAUGCUGAAGAAGAUCAAAAGCUGCAACCAAUCAGCACCGAGGACCCAGCAAAGUUGUCAGGGUCCACGGUACCUCAACAGACCCAACCACCAAAAGAAGAUCCUAAAGAAGAUCAAAAGCUGGAACCAGUGAGCAGCCAGGACCCAGCAAAGUUGUCAGGGUCCACGGUACCAGAAGCGAGGCCUCAGUCAGAGAUGGGUCCUAAGCAUGCCGAGGUUAUCCAGCCGGAACGGAGUGCCUCUGCCCCGAAGGAAAGAGCAAGACCUGAUUCGCCAAAGAAGAAAAAGAAAUCAUCCAUGUGUACAAUACUUUAGAUUAAACAAUUUUUUGGUACACAUGUACAUAAUACUGAAAUACCAUCACAUUAUAAUAAACAUAUUAAAAUCAAUAUUAUGUUUUGCCCUUCACCGACGUAUAAACACUGUGUUACCUCUCGAGUGAAAGUUGGAAAAAAACCAC